UUUUCUAUGAGCCUUUAUUUUUAUUCUAACUCGCCGGAGUUAAGAGAUCUAAAAUUAUAGGGUUUGGUUGUCCCCAUAUCGCACAUCCAGCGAUCGAGCAAGCGCCGCCGCCGGCCAUGUACCGCUUUGCCCCCCGCCUUCUGAUCCGCGGCAUCGCCGGAGGGAGCCGUCGCAGCGCAGCCCCGGCCCGUCCAUUCUCCACUGAUCUCCCCGCAGCACCGACGGAGGACGCGACGUUCGUGGAGGCAUGGCGGAAGGUAGCCCCCAACGUCGACCCCCCCAAGACCCCCUUGGCCUUCAUGAAGCCUCGCCCUUCCACGCCUGCUUCUAUCCCCACCAAGCUCACCGUCAAUUUCGUCCUCCCCUACCAAUCCGAGAUUGCAAAUAAGGAGGUUGAUAUGGUCAUCGUUCCAGCAACAACAGGGCAAAUGGGUGUUUUGCCUGGACAUGUAGCUACCAUUGCUGAGCUGAAGCCGGGUGUGCUAUCUGUGCACGAAGGAAAUGAUGUUACCAAGUAUUUCGUUAGCAGUGGGUUCGCAUUCAUACAUGCAAACUCUGUUACGGACAUAAUCACCGUCGAGGCUGCACCUAUCGACCAUAUUGAUCCAACUCUAGUCCAACAGGGCCUUGCUGACUUCACACAGAAGCUUAACUCGGCCACGACAGACUUGGAAAAGGCUGAAGCACAGAUUGGUGUGGAUGUUCACAGCGCACUAAAUGCCGCACUAUCUGGUUGACGCAAUCCUCCUGAACACAGUUGUUCAAGUGCAAGAUAAGUUAUCAAUUCCCAGCUUGAGAUGGACGACGGGAAUAUUCAAUAAAAUUAUAGUUUCAGCUGCAAUCACAUUGUACUCCGGCAAGUUCUGUGAUUCUGCUGUACACAACUCUGGAACCUUUGAUAUUUUUUCCUGCUAGUUUUUUUUUUAGCUAUUGCACUGUGUUUUCAAUAACACACAUUUCUUGUGUUUGACUCCUUUGGUUUAUUUGUUACAAGCUUUCGAUGAAUUAAUCGACUUUUGAUAUUUGCAGGGAAUUUAGUAUGA